CUGCCUGCUGCUGCUCUUUUGAAUACGAUGUUUUUAUUUUCCUAACCUCAAAAAAAAGGUAGUUGAUGCGCGGUCGCGCGAUAGAUACAAACAAAGAUAGAAAAAAAACGCGAAAUGAGCGAAUUCAAAUUGCAUCAUCUUGUGUUGGAGUUAACGGAGUUGCUCGAAUCGAGUGUCCCGCCGGAGCAGCAAAAUAUAGAAAAACUGCAGAGAGGAAUUGCGACUCCGGAAAACGUUCCGACCCUUGCAUGUCUCAAGCAUCUUGUCAAAAAUGCCCGCGAUCCAGAAUUAUUUGUACAAAAAUACGAGCAACUCAAAGCAAAAAAAAUCGAUGGUCUCGGUGCGUUUAUGGAGCUUCUAAGACGAAUAACCGCUGACAAAUCUAUGAAAGAAUAUUUGGCAAAGAGCGGCACGGCGGAGACUCGUUCCGGGGCAGUUGCCAAAACCGGUCUAACCAUUACCAAGGAAGAUUUGCCUCUGAUCAGAAAAAAUAUAAUGAAAGCAGCCGUGGAGGGUGAGAGGAAAUUAAACAGAUGCGGAGGGUGGGCAGGAAGACGCUACGGAUCUGGCUCCUACGAUCCCAGCUCUACCAAACAAAAUUGGGUGACGGAAAGACCUCGAAUAUCGUGGGAUUUUUAUGCGGAUACAAGCGGUUUUCCUCAGUAUGAAAAAGUCGUGCCGUCCGUUUCUCAAGAAACUCUCGUAAUAUGGGAUCUGUUGCGCUGUUUGAAGGGAACCGACGGAGCGUACAUCGUUUCGGAGCCUACGUCGGGGCUUGAACAAGUAAAGACGUUUGGCAUGAAUCCUGACAUUUCUAUAUCCUUGAAACAACUGGCACAACAGAUAUUGCCUUUGGCCUCUCAUUACUCCAUGACCGUCAGAUUCGUUGAGGAAAAAGUUCUGCCGGACGACGGACAAGUGAAUCACGCUCUGCGCGGAGCUCUCAGCUGUCUCUUGAGGGAUUAUUUGUCAUUCGUUGUACAGCUCGAGAUGCAGCACGUACGUGGCAAGCUCAAUCUACAAAAGAUGUGGUUUUACGUUCAACCGACGAUGGCGACUAUGUCGAUACUCUCGCAAAUAACAUCGAAUAUCUGCAAGGCAAACGCGAGAGGAGGCAAGGUUCUGAGUCUUCUUCACGAUCGAGUAAACGACAUGAGCGGUGAUGCUAAAUGCAAAGAGCUCGGAUUAUUCCUCAUACAAGCGGCCAGCGUUCCUUACAUGCAAACUCUUGAAAAGUGGGUAUACAAAGGAGUCAUCUGUGACCCGUAUCAAGAGUUUCUUGUUGAGGACAACGAGCUGAUACAGAGGGAGGAAUUGCCGAUGGAUUAUUCAGCCGACUACUGGGAGAAGCGUUAUGCCAUGAGACCCGAGAGAAUUCCUGUAUUUCUAAACGAUCACGCCCAAACGAUACUCAGAACCGGCAAAUAUUUCAAUGUCAUACGCCAAUGCGGAAAAACGGUCCAAUGGGGCAAGCAAGAGCCUCUCGUUUAUCAACACAGAGAACAAAAAUUUAUCGCCGCUAUCGACCGAGCUUAUUCCGAAGCUGCCAAAACGUUGCUCGAGGUUUUAAUAAACGAGAACGACUUGAUGGGUCGUUUACGGAGCGUCAAAAAUUAUUUUCUCCUGGCUCAAGGAGAUUUCGUGGUACAAUUUCUCAAUCUCUGCGAGUCUGAGCUCAGUAAAAACAUGUACGACAUUGUUAUACAUCGAUUGGCCUCCCUUCUUGAAGUUGCACUGCGCACAUCGACCGCUGAUUCGGAUCCUUAUAAGGACGAUCUCAAACCCGAGCUUCUUCCGUAUGACUUGCAGUUCCAAAUGUUUCGGAUACUUUCGAUCCAGACCCGCGACGAAAAGGAGUAUUGCUAUCAAGCGGAAAAACCGUUGACCGGUCUCGAAGCGUUUGUCUUUAAUUAUGAUGUCAAGUGGCCGGUCUCACUCGUAAUCAAUAGGAAAGCGAUUGCCUGUUAUCAAAUGUUGUUUCGACAUUUGUUAUAUUGCAAACACGUUGAGCGACUUCUCUGCAGGGUUUGGAUAAGUAAUAAAAUAGCCAAAACUUUCACCCAUGAAGCGGCAAUGGCUUAUAGACAAGCAUUCUCGGUGAGGCAACGUAUGCUUGACUGUAUUCAACAUCUCGAAUAUUACAUGAUGGUCGAGGUCAUAGAACCAAACUGGUUGACCUUUAUCAAUAAGAUGAACAAGGUGAGCAACGUCGACGAUGUGUUGAGCGUACAUCAGGAUCUGCAGGAUAGUUAUUUGAAAGAAUGUAUGCUGACAGACCCAGAUUUACUCGGAUGUAUCACGGCACUUUGCACCGUUUGCGUCGAAUUUUGUGAUUUCAUGCAGCGUAUGAGCCGCUACUUCAUUGACGCCGAAUUGACUUCGAUGAUCAGCGCCUGUCAAGACGAUGGCUAUGAACCCGAGCACGAGACUACCAAUAGCAAAACAAAAAAUAAUAAUGAUGGGAUAACGACGGGGACGGUGGCGGCGGCGACGGUGACGGCGGCGGCGGCGGCGGCGGCGGCGGCAAGCUUCGAGAGUACGAUCGAAACGCUCGAUUCUAGAUUCACCGACGUGCUCAUCCGUCUUCUAGAUCGGAUUUGCGAUUUGGGUUGCGACAACAACAACGAGAAAUUACUCAACGUUCUGUGCAGAUUGGAUUUUAAUUUGUUCUACACGGAUAUGUUGAGACACCGGGGUCGGGGAAAACCCGGAAGUGAGCGCAACGAGGCAUCGGGCUGAAAUCAGAUUGCAGUGCGUUUAACGAUUGUAAUAGUAACGAUAACGGAUUGUAAUAAUAAUAAUAAUAAUAAUAAUAAAAAAUUUUUUUUUUAAA